UCGACCACUGAAGGCACCUUAUAUCCAACGGCUGGUGGUGGUUAGAAGGUACUGAAGACUGGAAGCACAGAGAUUUGCCAGGCAGGCCCACCGGUGUUUAGAGCCCGCUUCAAAACUCCAGAGCCACGCCAAAAGCUGGAGGUUUUCAAGAUGGGACAUCCGAACAUCAUCAUUGGCACACUACUGUUAGUGUUUAUGUUAAGAAACUGUCACGGUAUUGCUGACACUGAAAGUCCAAUGGUUAUGCUGUGCUCAAGUGAUGUCUCCUUUACACUGGCGGUAGGGGCGUCAGAUUCAUUAGUAGCAUGGGUCGCCCCGAUUAUAACUGAUGACUCUGGCAAUUUCACAUUAACAAAAAGUCAUGGUGAUCCACCUCAGACAUUCCCAGCUGGUCCAACUGUAGUUACAUACUUCGCAGUCGAUGAUGCUGGAAAUAAUGCCACUUGUGAUAUUACUGUUCUUGUCGUUGAUAAGGAACUUCCAGUCUUUGAUUCCUGUCCUGGGUCUCAGACCAACACUACAGCUCCGUCUGAUAACAGUGUUACACUGAGCUUUGAAGUUACAGCAACAGACAAUGUGAAUGCCACUGUAGCUAUUUCAGCAGAUGCCUUUGUGGACUGUAACUACACGAGUGGUUCCGAGUUCUUCGUUGGCACAACGCGUGUAUGUUAUGAAGCUGUAGAUGAGCAAGACAAUAAGGCAACUUGUGACUUUUAUGUCACUGUUAUUGAUGGCACGCCACCGGUCAUAACUGGUUGUCCAAAAAAUGACAGUAAAUCACUGGAUCCUGAUUCAAACUCGACAACCUUUUCAUGGGUGGAGCCAACUGCAUCUGACAACGAUGGCAUUUUGUCAUUUAUAAGUAGCCAUAACACUUCAGAUUUAUUUUAUUCGGGUGAUACUGUUGUGUCCUAUGUGGCUACUGACAACUCCUUCAACACUGCAACAUGCACCUUCACCCUAACAGGACAAGACAUUGAGGCUCCUACAGUUACAUGUCCAAGUGACGUGCCUUCCAUGAAUGUGGUACCUGGAACAGCCUCGUCAAAGGUCAAAUGGUCAGCACCACCAUCAGCCAAUGAUACUGUUGAUGGUGAUGUCACAGCCAAUGUUGUGUGUACAGAUGAUAUGGGUAAUGUGGUGGUGUCAGGCGGCUUGUAUGCAGUAGGCUUAACAACAGUGACAUGCAGAGCUAAUGAUACUGCACUGAAUGAAGGAUCUUGCGAGUUUAACAUCACUGUUGUUGACAAUGAAGCUCCUUCAGUUACAUGUCCAAGUGAUGUGCCUUCCAUAAAUGUGGACCCUGGAACAACCUCAUCUAAUGUCACAUGGUCAGCACCACCAUCAGCCAAUGAUAUUGUUGAUGGUGAUGUCACAGCCAAUGUUGUGUGUACAGAUGAUACGGGUAAUGUGGUGGUGUCAGGCGACUUGUAUGCACUAGGCUUAACAACAGUGACAUGCAGAGCUAAUGAUACUGCACUGAAUGAAGGAUCUUGCCAGUUUAACAUCACUGUUGUUGACAAUGAAGCUCCUUCAGUUACAUGUCCAAGUGAUGUGCCUUCCAUGAAUGUGGACCCUGGAACAGCCUCGUCAAAUGUCACAUGGUCAGCACCACCAUCAGCCAAUGAUAUUGUUGAUGGUGAUGUCACAGCCAAUGUUGUGUGUAAAGAUGAUCUUGGUAAUGUGGUGGAGUCAGGCGACUUGUAUGCAGUAGGCUUAACAACAGUGACAUGCAGAGCUAAUGAUACUGCACUGAAUGAAGGAUCUUGCCAGUUUAACAUCACUGUUGUUGACAAUGAAGCUCCUACAGUUACAUGUCCAAUUGUUGUGCCUUCCAUGAAUGUGGAUCCUGGAACAGCCUCGUCAAAUGUCACAUGGUCAACACCACCAACGGCCAAUGAUAUUGUUGAUGGUGAUGUCACAGCCAAUGUUGUGUGUACAGAUGAUAUGGGUAAUGUGGUGGUGUCAGGCGACUUGUAUGCAGUAGGCGUAACAACAGUGACAUGCAGAGCUAAUGAUACUGCACUGAAUGAAGGAUCUUGCCUGUUGAACAUCACUGUUGAUGACAAUGAAGCUCCUUCAGUUACAUGUCCAAGUGAUGUGCCUUCCAUAAAUGUGGACCCUGGAACAACCUCGUCAAAUGUCACAUGGUCAGCACCACCAUCAGCCGAUGAUAUUGUUGAUGGUGAUGUCACAGCCAAUGUUGUGUGUACAGAUGAUAUGGGUAACGUGGUGGAGUCAGGCGACUUGUAUGCAGUAGGCUUAACAACAGUGACAUGCACAGCUAAUGAUACUGCACUGAAUGAAGGAUCUUGCCUGUUUAACAUCACUGUUGUUGACAAUGAAGCUCCUUCAGUUACAUGUCCAAGUGAUGUGCCUUCCAUGAAUGUGGACCCUGGAACAGCCUCGUCAAAUGUCACAUGGUCAGCACCACCAUCAGCCAAUGAUAUUGUUGAUGGUGAUGUCACAGCCAAUGUUGUGUGUAAAGAUGAUCUUGGUAAUGUGGUGGAGUCAGGCGACUUGUAUGCAGUAGGCUUAACAACAGUGACAUGCAGAGCUAAUGAUACUGCACUGAAUGAAGGAUCUUGCCAGUUUAACAUCACUGUUGUUGACAAUGAAGCUCCUACAGUUACAUGUCCAAUUGUUGUGCCUUCCAUGAAUGUGGAUCCUGGAACAGCCUCGUCAAAUGUCACAUGGUCAACACCACCAACGGCCAAUGAUAUUGUUGAUGGUGAUGUCACAGCCAAUGUUGUGUGUACAGAUGAUAUGGGUAAUGUGGUGGUGUCAGGCGACUUGUAUGCAGUAGGCGUAACAACAGUGACAUGCAGAGCUAAUGAUACUGCACUGAAUGAAGGAUCUUGCCUGUUGAACAUCACUGUUGAUGACAAUGAAGCUCCUUCAGUUACAUGUCCAAGUGAUGUGCCUUCCAUAAAUGUGGACCCUGGAACAACCUCGUCAAAUGUCACAUGGUCAGCACCACCAUCAGCCAAUGAUAUUGUUGAUGGUGAUGUCACAGCCAAUGUUGUGUGUACAGAUGAUAUGGGUAACGUGGUGGAGUCAGGCGACUUGUAUGCAGUAGGCUUAACAACAGUGACAUGCACAGCUAAUGAUACUGCACUGAAUGAAGGAUCUUGCCUGUUUAACAUCACUGUUGUUGACGAUGAAGCUCCUACACUUACAUGUCCAAGUGACGUGCCUUCCAUGAAUGUGGACCCUGGAACAGCCUCGUCAAAUGUCACAUGCCAAUGUUGUGUGUACAGAUGA